CACUUCCCUCUCCCCGCUGCUCUGCAACCUCCCCUGGUGCUCCGGCCGUCAGAGCAACCAUGCCGAAGCAAAUCCACGAGAUCAAGGAUUUUCUCCUCACUGCAAGGAGGAAGGAUGCUCGGUCUGUCAAAAUCAAGAGGAGCAAGGAUGUUGUCAAGUUUAAGGUUCGCUGCUCCAAGUACCUGUACACGCUGUGUGUGUUCGACUCUGAGAAGGCCGAUAAGUUGAAGCAAUCCCUCCCUCCAGGUUUGAGCGUGCAAGACCUUUGAACGCAUACGGGUUUGCGUUUCGCGGGAGAGCUCAGAGAAUACCGAGGAAUCGUGUUUUAAACCGUUUCGAUCAUUGUUUUUACGAUUUUGACUGUUAUAUGGAUUGCUCAGUGUAGUUCUAUUCUAGACUGAAUCAAGUUUUCGGUUUUGGCUUUUAUCUGAUCAAUGGAAACUCCAUUUGUUUUGCGCGGGGUGAAGCUAUGCUUGGAAAUUUUGUGGGAGGUUACUCGGGUUAUUGAGUUUUGUGGUGCUAUGCUUGCUUUGGAA